CAAAACCGAAGCGACUGAGAUCCGAGAGCUCCAAUGCACGCCAAGCGCUCGACCGAAGUGCAGCGCGUUCUUCUCUUUAAAAAGAUCUUUUCUCUCUUGGAGAGAAAGAAAGAAAGGAAGAAGAGAGAGAAAGAAGAAUCGAUCUAUAGAUCGCGAGUUUCGUGUCGAUAGCGCGAAAAACGAUACUUUUUUUAACAUACGAAAAGAAAAAUUCCGGUGCAAGAAGAUGACGCGAAAAAGUUUCGAACUCUACGGCUGCUUCAUCUUUCUUCUGAUCGUCCAGUUGGAGCAAUUGUUACUAUUGCAGAAGGGAGGGAUUAUCGUUGAAGCUAGAAUGGAAGCACAAUUUGAAAAAUGUUGUGGCCUUGGUACUUCAUGGGCAAUGGAAGGACUUAAAUGUGAGAAAUUUACUGGACCAGUCAGUGGGGUACCUAGAGUCGAACAGGGUCUCUGUUUAGAAGCUGUAGAUAUUUGUUGCGUGCGAACUUAUCACGAUCAACAGUGUGAAAAAGGAAAAGCUGAUGCUCGAAAUGGCUUGGCUUGCGUUACGAGCACCAGCGUGAAAAUACCAAGACGAGGAGAUUAUCAUCGUGAUUGUUGCGAGGGUUGCAAGCUCGGAAUACUUGCCGGUUCUAUGGGCCAAGGUUGCUCAUUCAAAACAUUCACUUUUGGAAUCCCAUGGGAUCCUGCAUUUUUACAAUGUUGUUACGAAGCAUUACCGAACACUACAUUGGCUACGGAUACCACAUAUUCUACGCUUUCAUCCGAUAGCAAUACGGAAACCGAAUCUGAGACUUCUCUAUCCAGUUCCUCAAUGACGUCUCCAUCUUCGGAAUCGUCUUCUUCCUCUUCGUCCUCGCCUUCUUCUCCUUUCUCGACCGAUUCGACGACAAUUCCUACGCCUCCGUUGGACGAUAUUUGUCAACUGAUGAAAGGUCUUCUCUGUACCGACAUAUGCAUACCAACUCCAGGAUCUUAUUAUUGCGCUUGUCGCGAAGGAUUUACUCUUCUGGAAGAUGAAAAAACUUGUAGACAAGAUCUACCGACCGAUAGGUGUAAGUCCACUAAUCCUUGCGAGCAACGAUGUACAGACACUGGUGUAGCAGUCCUUUGCAGUUGCAAUCCUGGAUUCGAAUUGGCUGAUGACAAACGUUCCUGUAUUCCGAAAUCAACAACGAAUAGUACUGGAUCGACUGAAACCGACGAGGAUAACGAAUUGUUACCUCUCUGUCCUGCUGGUUAUCGCUAUGAUUCUACUUUACAGGUUUGCAAUGAUAUAAACGAAUGCUUGGAAAGAAAGGUUCAGUGUCCAGGACGAUGUGAAAAUACCAUAGGAUCGUUCAGAUGUAUCGUGAAAACACAAAAAAAGGCAGCUUACGAAGCCUGUCCUCCUGGAUAUCAAUGGGAUGCUCGGACUAAGGUUUGCACAGAUAUUGAUGAAUGUAUCGUAACACCAAAUGUAUGUAUAGAAAGUACACAUUUUUGUGUAAACACGCAAGGUAGUUUUUCCUGUCUUGAAAUGGUAGGUAUAAAGUCAUGUCCUGCGGGAUUCAAAUUCGACAAGAUAUCUCAGAUAUGCAAAGACGUAGAUGAAUGUGCUGAAGGGAUACAUAGUUGUUCGGAGGAGACAGAAGAGUGUAGAAAUAUUGCUGGAGCUUAUGAGUGUGAUAUUAAGUGUCAGAAGGGAUUCGUUUAUAGUAUUAGUUUUGGAAAUUGUAUUGAUUUGAAUGAAUGCACUGAAACCAUUAUGCCUUGUCCCGAACCUGGAACACAAUGCGUUAAUACGAUCGGUGGUUACGAAUGUACAAGAAUGUCCAGAUCAAAGGAUUCUAUUCCUUUUGAUUCUUCGUUGAAUAAAACGGUGUGGAAUUUUGAUUGUCCUGCUGGUUUUAAAUCGUCACCAAAUCUCACGGAAAAUUGUAUCGAUAUUAACGAAUGCACUGAACAGCUUCAUAUCUGUGAAUCGGACGAGCGAUGUCUCAAUGUUAUCGGUAGUUACAGAUGUGAACUGUUAAUAUAUACUGACGGAAAUGAUAAUGAAGAAGAACAACAACAACAAAAAAGAGAAAGAGGUACAAUUUUGUACAAUAGGGAUUACAAAACAGGAAUUCAAACGACGAUACCUACGACGAUGAAUGAAAUGAACGGCUUAUCGUGUGAUUCUGGAUAUAAGUUCGAUCCAAAAACUAGAUUAUGCGUUGACGUGGAUGAAUGUGUUAGUGGGAUAGCUGUAUGCCGUGUAGGAGAACGUUGCGUGAAUUCUUUGGGUACUUACGGAUGUUAUCCAGCCUGUUUGCCAGGAUUUAAGCCGUACGGAAAGCCUGGAUCUAACGGAGAAGAGGAUUGCCGAGACGUAGACGAAUGUUCGCUUGGUUUGCACACCUGCAAGAAUUCUCAAGUCUGUCGUAAUACCAAUGGUUCUUACGUUUGUCAGACGUUGACUACUACUACGAGCACGACAACGAUCAGAACAAGUACCGCAGACUGGACAACGAACUGGACUACUUUAAGGACAACGAUUGAUUCUCGUGCGAAUAGGAUACAAAUCAACGAUCGUCAGUGGAGUGUGGAACCAUGUGCAUUGGGAUACAGAAGAAAUUCUGCAACAGGACAAUGCAUUGACAUAGAUGAAUGUGUAACAGGACCAGGUUGUCGAGAUCACGAGCGAUGUCGUAAUACUCUCGGUGGUUACGAAUGUUCUCCGCUUUGCAGCACUGGUUGGUACUUCAGCACGACGACGAAGAGUUGUCAGGACGUCGACGAGUGUCUUUUGGGUAGACACGAUUGUCCACAAGUGACCCAUCAAUGUAUUAACACGAAUGGUUCCUAUCAUUGCCAAUUGAUACCACCUUGUCAAAGUGGAUUCAAACGUGCCUUUAAUAGAAGCUGCGUUGAUAUCGAUGAAUGUUCUGAAAAUCUUCACGAUUGUCGCUUACAACUUUAUCAAUAUUGUGUUAACAAAGAAGGCAGCUAUGAGUGUUUAACACGUUUGCCUUCCUGUUCAUCGGGUUAUGAAUAUUCUUUGCAGAGCAGACGUUGCGAAGACGUGGACGAAUGCUUAAACGGUGAACAUACUUGUGAUGCUAGACUUUCACAAAGAUGCAUCAAUCUGCCAGGUACUUACAGGUGCGAACAACCACCAAUACCCGAACAACAUCAACGUCAACGACCUGCUUGUCCUUCUGGAUUUCGGUAUAAUUCAAGAUUGAGAAAAUGCACAGACAUUGAUGAAUGUGCCGAAGGAUUGGAUAGCUGUGGCGAAGAGAUUUGUUACAAUCAACCAGGUGGUUAUAGUUGUGCCAAAGCACCGAUUCCGAUAACUAGAAAGCCACCUACGACUCCGAUGACACCGGCAGCCGAUCAAAAGUGUUUAAAGGGUACGAAAUUCGUGAGAAAUCGUGGUUGCGUCGAUAUCGAUGAGUGUCGUGAAAUCGAGGAUGCUUGCAGUAGCAACGAACAAUGUAUUAAUACUAUGGGAAGUUAUACUUGUAAUUGUAGAACCGGAUUCAGACGCGAUAAUCUUACACAAGCUUGCAUUGAUAUAAACGAAUGCCAAUUAAAGGAAAACGAUUGUCUACCAACCCAACGUUGCGAUAAUACCAUAGGUAGCUAUAUUUGUACACGUUUCUUACCUUGCGGCACCGGUUACACGCUAAAUGCAGCGACUGAAAUAUGCGAAGAUGAUGACGAAUGUCUUCUUGGUACGCACGAUUGUAGCGAAGGUUAUCAUUGUCGAAAUACUCUUGGUUCUUAUCGUUGCGAUCGGAAUCCACGAGUGACAACUCCUCAGGCUCUUGUCGCUACGACGAUUUCAACAACUACCACGACAAUGGCACCAUUUUCUGUGUCUCCUAACGUUUCACCUGUUAAUUGUCCACGCGGUUUCGAAUCUUCUGGAAAUAAGUGUGUAGAUAUCGAUGAGUGUCAGAGAGUGCCAAGUCCUUGUGGUAGAACCAUGCAACGUUGCGUCAAUACUAUUGGCUCGUACAAGUGCAUGUCGAGAGUAAUCUGUGGUAAUGGAUUCACUUUGGAUUCUACGACUGGUCAGCACUGUAUAGAUAUUGACGAGUGUACUGAUAACAGUCACGAUUGUUCACCUGAACAGAUCUGCGAGAACAGGCAAGGUGGAUAUGUUUGCAAGUGUCCAGCUGGACAUACCGAUGGUCCCAAUAAAGAUUGCGUUGAUAUCGAUGAAUGUAGUAUUUAUGGGAGUGGUAUAUGUGGCUUGAAUGGUCGUUGUGAGAACACUGUUGGUUCGUAUCGAUGUUCUUGUGAUACAGGAUUUGAAAACAUUGUCGGUACAUCUGGUGGAAUGUGCCAGGAUGUCGAUGAGUGCCAACGAACUCCAGGAUUGUGUCAGCAUUAUUGCAUGAACGUUUGGGGUAGCUAUAGAUGUGGUUGCGAACCAGGUUUUAGAUUAAACGCGGAUAAUCGUUCCUGCACUGACAUAGACGAGUGUGAAGAGUUCAAGGAAAAUAAUCUUUGUGUUGGUAUAUGCGAGAACACGCCAGGUAGCUACGCUUGUAAAUGUCCCGAUGGUUAUAAACUCGGCACCGAUGGUCGAACGUGUCAAGAUAUCGACGAGUGUUCCAUUGGACCAGGUUGCAGAGAUCCCAAUGAGAUGUGUCAAAAUACGCGAGGUGGCUUUAGGUGUAACAGGAUCGAUUGUCCUGCAGGAUACGUCAAAGAUCACGAGAAACGAAAUCGCUGCGUUCGUGAAUCCAGGUUUUGUCAAAGCAAUGAUUAUGCUUGCUUCCGAAUGCCUUCUCAUUAUUCUUACAAUUACAUCACCUUCGUGAGCAUGUUUCCGUUACCACCAAGUGGUUAUAUUGAGCUCUUUACUAUGCGAGGAACUCAUCUACCAGGAUCCAACAUACAAUUCACUAUGGCACUUCUAGAAGUACGUGCGCCACCCGGUAUAACUCGUGCCACCGAAUCUUGCUUUUCACUGAAAAGGCCUUCAAUUAAUCAAGGCGUUAUAGCGAUGACUCGUAGCAUCCAAGGACCACAAGAGAUCGAGCUUAAUCUCAGUAUGGAGAUCUAUCAUAAUACCCUUUUCGUUGGUAGCGUAGUGGCCAAACUCUUUAUCUAUGUGUCACAAUACGAGUUCUAAACGAUCGUAAACGUUAAGGAUUUUAAGUUUUUUUUGGUUUUAUAUGCGCUUGUCUUUUCGAUAUUAUUAGAAACACGCACAAACUCUUCCAAAAAGUUGAUUUUACUGAAAAAAGCGCAUAAAGUCGUUGAUAGCUCUGUAAGUAAGUACUCAAAAAAAAAAAGUAAAGAAAUAAAUAAAAGAGACGAGAAAAUUCAUAUCCCAAUAUACUUCGUGUGCUUUAUCAAAAAUGCAAUUUUAUUAAAGAUUUCCUCUUUUUUCGUUUAGCCACUUUUUCCACAACGCUCGUUUAUGACUCUAUUAUUUUUAUUGCUAUAGCGGAAGCUAUGAAUAUAUCUAUUUAUCUUUAUGUUCUUUAUAUCACUAAACGAGAGUGUAAAAAAGGCUAACGAAUUUGAGAUCCUAAACAUUCCUACGCGUCGAUGAUCGUCUUCUGACGUUACGACACAUGAGUAACCUGAAUAGAAAAAGAGAGAUAUGUCUUAAUAAAAAAUAAAUGUAUAGUAUAGUUAAUAUCACUGCUUUACAAUUUACAUCAAACGAUUGCUGCACCACAUUGUAAUACCAUCGAAAAUAUUUCUACUCUCAAGCUUGCCGAUGAUAAAAGAUAUUGGCAUCGUAACGAUAAUAAUUGUACUAACAAUAGGAGUACUAUAGUGAUAUCAUUAACAAUAAUAAUAAUAAUAAUAAUAAUAAUAAUAAUAAUAAUAAUAAUAAUAAUAAUAAUGUUGAUGAUGAUAAUGACGACGAUGAUGAUAAUGAUGAUGACGAAGAAAAUGAUGAUGAUGAUAAUGAUGAUAAUAAUAAUUAUUAUUACAAUUGCAACUGUAGCAAUAAUAAUGACGAGUAUAGUAAUAAUCUCCAUAGUAAUAAUGUGUAAUAUUAAUAAUCGAUGAUUACGAUUACGGUAAUUAGCAAGAUUAACGUACACAGAACAAUAAUUAGAAUAACGAGCGUCCAAUUUUAUCGAUAUAUUAUGAUACCAUGCUAUCUGUAUAAUAUAUAAUUGAAAUGUAUUAAGAGAAAAAAGGAAAAUAUAAAACAAA